AUGCCUGUGCUCAAGCCAGACGCUGAAUUCGGGCAUUGCGUGCCCCCUGAGACGCAGUAUGGAAUCACCACCUACGCACCCGGGUGGGAAAAUGCAAUCAAGUUUCGGGAGGGAGAUCGAGCCACCAUGGCUCGUGUCGUACACAUAUACCCAAGAUUUGGACCCUUCGGGCCCGUCUCCAAGGCACUCAUGGCUAUCUGCGCAAAGAUGAAAACCCCCGAAGGCCACGGAGCACUCUUCUUCACCUCACCAGCCUCUUUCGCCACCGUCCGCGCCCAUGCUCUUCACCCCCACCGGAAGCAGCACGUCCUGACAGAUGAGGACCUAGGCUAUAGGUGCGUGGAUGUCGGCGAUGUGCGUCUCUAUCUCGUCACCUACCCGAUGCCCAAGACCCCUGGCGUCAUCGGCGCCUGGCAAAAUCCGGGUAUAGGCGUCUCGAUCCGUCUAGCCGAGAAGCUCCUGGAGGACAUCGAUUCCCUCAAAGAGGUCGAAUUCGACGGCGCGGGAGACUCGCCGCCGCCGACAGAGUAUCUCCCUGAGGGCGAGGCGCACGGCAGGCUGAAGGAGCGCAUUACUGGGCUCCUUCACAGGGCCGCGAUCGACCCGGAGCAGGUGAGGGCCGAGACCGGGGAUGUCUUCCUGUACCCCACAGGUAUGGCCGCCAUCUUUGCCGCCCAUAGGACCCUGCUUGAGUACCGGCCCGGCAGCGUUGUGAUCCUCGGCAUUGCCUUCCACAGCACCGUUCACUAUCUCCAAGACUCCUCACCACGCGGCUACAAGCACUUCGGUCCUGUCGACAAAAAGGGUGUCGAUGAGUUUGAGUCUUGGCUCGACGCAGAAGCGGCUUCUGGAAGGGACGUGAGCUAUGUUAUCGCCGAGUUCCCCAACAACCCUCUACUAGCCAGCAUUGACAUCAACCGCAUCAGAAAGCUUUCCCAAAAGCACAACUUCGUCCUCGUGCUCGACGAUACAGUCGGUUCCUUCGGCAACAUCGACAUCCUUCCCCAGUCCGACAUCCUGAUCUCCUCGCUCACAAAGUCCUUCUCGGGCUACGCAAACGUCAUGGGCGGCAGCAUCGUUCUCAACCCGCUCUCACCACACUACUCCGCCCUUCACCCCCUCUGGUCCAAAACCCACCACAAUGAGCUGUUCAUCGGCGACGCCGAGGUCCUCCUCUCCAACUCGGAAGACUACCUUCCGCGCACCGCGAUUCUGAACCGCAACGCCGCCGCCAUGGCCGCCCACCUCCACGCCGAAGCCACCAAGAACCCCGGGUCGGGAGUCGUCAAAGUCCUCUACCCCUCCGUCCUCCCAGACUACGAAACCUACAAGUCCUUCCUCCGCAAACCGACCCCGGAGCUCCCUGAACCGGGAGCGGGAUGUCUUCUGAGCGUCGAUUUCGACUCCGUGGACGCCGCGCGCGCCUUUUAUGACCGGUUGGCGUUUUACCCAGGCCCCCACCUCGGCGCGCACCGCACGCUCUGCCUGGCAUAUAACACGCUCGCGUUCGGCAAGGACCCUGACGAGGCGGCGUUCCAUCGGUCGUAUGGCAUCUUGGAAGAGACGGUGCGUAUUUCUGCUGGGUUGGAGGAUGUUCAGGACCUGCUUGACACGCUGGAUGAUGCGUUGGCUGUUGCGAGGGAGGUUAAGGCGAAGUUGGCGGAGGGGCCUACGACCGUGGAGGCUGCUGCUGGUUUUGGUGUUUCUUCCUAG